UAAUUGCCAUCCGUCCCUCCCCACUUAUUGAUCUCACUUCACCAAUCCCAUUCUCACAACCGCAUUUCGAAAAGAAGAAGAAGAAAAAAACUAUCUCCCUCUCCAUCUCUACGCGGCAGAAUAAUAUUAGUGAUAAAAAAAGAAAAAUGGCAUCAAGAAAGGUGUUGUCUCUGAUCCUUCUCUGCACCUUCUCAAUCUCUUGUUGUUCCCAAAGCCCCGCAUCAGCCCCAGCACCCUCCUCGGUGGACUGCACUAAUCUGAUAUUAAGCAUGGCUGACUGCUUGUCUUUUGUGUCAAACGACAGCACAGCAGCAAAGCCAGAGGGGAAAUGCUGUGCUGGUUUGAAGACGGUGUUGAGCACUAAAGCUGAGUGCCUCUGUGAGGCCUUCAAGAGUAGUGCUCGAUUUGAUAUCGUUUUGAAUGUCACGAAGGCUCUCUCCCUCCCUUCUGUCUGCAAAAUCCACGCUCCUCCUGCCUCUAACUGCGGAUUGGCCAUUAGUCCCUCUGGUGCCCGUGCCCGUGCCCCUGGAGGAUCUGCGCCUGGACUAGCUGUGAAUGGUGGAGGAAAUGAGCAAGCACCAGCUCCAUCUCCAGGUCAUUCCGGUUCUAUUGGGUUUUCCAUCUCUGUUGGAUCACUAAUCAUUGGAUUUGUAUUUGCAUCUUUCUCUAGUUUCUGAAUGAUUUUUGCUCUCUUUUGUGAUGAUUAUGAGAGCAUGUCUCAUGAGGGAGCUAAUUUGUUGACUUGAGCAGAAGCACAUUUGUUUUUAAAGUUACUGAGACUGGUUUUGUGAUGGGGAUAUCUUUUUGAGAUAUGAUUUCUUGUUUAUCUCUA